AUGAGUCGUCUGCUGCUCGGAGUCGUGCUGCUGGGAAACCUGAGCGUCUGCAUCAUGGCACAAGUGAUGCUCGCUCGGCCUGCCCAGGUGAGGUUCAACUCGACGGACUACAGGAACGUCCUGCACUGGACUCCAGCCGCCAACAGCUCCUCGCUGCACUACGACGUCCAGUGGAAGAUUUACGGCGAGGCUGACUGGCUGGACGUGGACGGCUGUCAGGGCGUCCAGAAGCACCACUGCGACCUCAGCGCGGUGACCUCGGAGCCCAGAGAGUGGUACUACGCCCGGGUGCGAGCCUCCUCUACGGCCUCCAGCAGCAGAUCGGCCUGGACCCUCUCCCCCAGGUUCAGCCCCCGCUGGGACACCACGAUCAGCCCCCCGGCUCUGAGGCUGAACUUCACCGAGCACGGCGUCGUGGUCCGAGUGAAGCCGCCGCGAGCUCUGGUCAGGAAGCUGCACAGCAACAUUCACUACAAGGUCUACGUCACCAACACCAGUGGAGCGGAGGAGGUUUUUCAGCUCAACUGCUGCUCCAACAAGCUGACUCUGAAAGGUCUCGACCACAAAGCAAAGUACUGCCUGCAGGCCCAAACCAUCCUCCCUCUGCAGGCCAAGACCAGCGCCAGGAGCUCGGCCAAAUGCGUCACCACGCUCUGAUCACGCAGACGCUGAACGAGUGGAUUCGUCACCCAUCGCCUCGGCUUUAAGGAUCCGUCGCUACCUCGACCGCAGCCACAAACGUCAGAAUAUUAUUCUAAGCAUUAAGGAUCUGUUCAGGUCAACUUGUUACUUCAGGUCUGCUUUUACUGAAAAAGAGCAUCUUCAAACAUUAUAAAAAAUGAUUCAAACUCUAGAGCCACUGACCUGAUGCAUCCUGGGAGAUGAGGGUCAAACGUCGACUUGGUGGAGCUCGAGUUUGGAUGAUUUUGUUGUUUUUAUUUUGCUUUGUUUUCUUGUUUUUGUGCAGCACAGCGAAGUGGAAUCAUCAGGAUGAAUUCAGUGUUUCUUGCAGGGUUUUUAUGGAAAACGUUGACAUUAACAGCUACGGUCGAUGUCAGUCGUAGGUGAUGCACAAUUUAAGGUAACACUUAGUGAUGCACGAUAUUAAAAUUUCUGGCCGAUGCCGAUAUCCGAUUUUAAGAUUUCUGAUAUCGCCGAUAACCGAUAUUAUCGAUGUCGAUAUUCAAGUUUUGUUCACACAGAAUAAUGAGUGAAAAUAAGCACUGUGAGAACGUGAACACUAUUCAAAAGACGUCCAAA